CCCUCCCUCCCUCCCUCGGAGGGGCGGGGCGAAGCGAGUCCAAGGUGAUGCAGAAGCCCUGCCCGCGCGGGUGGCAUUCUGGGAUUCCAAGAUGGCGGCUCUCAUGGGUGUCCGUACAGCUGCAGCGUGUCUAUUGCAAUCCCAGAGCUGUGGAGUAUGGAGAGGCCUUGGCACUUCAGCUGCUGUCCUGCAGAAGCAAGCCCAGGCAGAGAGCCCAAAGGCAGAGGGGGUGUUCCCCGUGACCAUGAUCCCCGGGGAUGGGGUGGGCCCAGAGCUCAUGCACUCAGUCAAGGAGGUGUUCAAGGUUGCUGGCGUCCCAGUCCAGUUUGACGAACAUCACCUGAGUGAGGUGCAGAACAUGGCCUCGGAGGAGAUCCUGGACAAAGUUUUUGAGUCCAUGAAGAAGAGCAAAGUUGCCCUCAUAGGGAAGAUCCACACCCCGAUGGAGUACAAAGGGGAACUGGCCUCCUAUGACAUGAGGCUCAGACGCAAACUAGACCUCUUUGCCAACGUGGUCCAUGUGAACAGUCUCCCCGGCUACAAAACCCGGCACAACAACUUGAACCUGGUGAUCAUCCGGGAGCAGACCGAGGGGGAGUACAGCUCCCUGGAGCAUGAGAGUGCAAAGGGGGUCAUUGAGUGCCUGAAGAUCAUCACUCGGGCCAAAUCCCAGCGCAUUGCCAAGUUUGCCUUUGAUUUUGCCACCAAGACGGGGCGCUCCAAGGUCACAGCUGUCCAUAAAGCCAACAUCAUGAAGCUGGGCGAUGGGCUUUUCCUACGCUGCUGUGAGGAGGUGUCAGAAUUGUACCCCAAGAUCAAAUUCGACACCAUGAUCAUAGACAACUGCUGCAUGCAGCUGGUGCAAAACCCCUACCAGUUUGACGUCCUGGUCAUGCCCAACCUGUAUGGCAACAUCAUCGACAACCUGGCAGCCGGCCUCGUUGGAGGAGCUGGCGUGGUCCCUGGGGAGAGCUACAGCGCCGAAUAUGCUGUCUUUGAGAUGGGUGCCCGCCACCCCUUUGCCCAGGCCGUGGGGAGGAACAUCGCCAACCCCACUGCCAUGCUGCUCUCCUCUGCCAACAUGCUGCGGCAUCUCAACCUGGAAUAUCACUCGUCCAUGAUCUCCGAUGCAGUGAGGAAGGUGAUCAAGGUCGGCAAGGUGCGGACCCAGGACAUGGGCGGGUACUCUACCACCUCCGACUUCGUCAAGUCUGUCAUUGACCACCUGCACCCCCACUAUGGCAUCUAGGGCUUCACACUCACAGACUUCACACUCCCAGCACACGCCCUCAACUGCCCUGUUCCCCUCGUUUCCUUCCUUUCUGGCACAGAGCUUGGCCUAAGCAUCCUCUUGGCCAUGAUCUCCCCCUUCCGUCCCUGCCCUUAAUGAGAGUGCAUUGCCAGAGAAGGCAAAACACAAAGCCGAAGCCAUUUUAGGCCCAGAUUUUUGGCAGCACUGAGCUCCGAACUGCCAGCGGAAGGCUUCCUUUGCCCUGGAGGACUUGCUUUUUGGAAGUGCCAGGAAGACUGUGGGGAAAGCCACUCUAGAGAGGGUUCUUGUGGUGGGUUUUGGAGAUUUCAUAACAGAUCAAGCGGAGUUUGUGCAGCCGUUCAAAUACUUCACAGAAUCAAGGGUCUUACAGCCCUGUGCCCUGAAGCGAACCUUACGAAACAAAGGCUGGUCAGAGAGAACGUUUGGGAGGGUCUGAAUAGUGGAGGAUGGAGGAGCCAAUCAUGGCAAAGGACUUUAAGAGUCAGUCAUUCAUCUUCACCUGGUCCUGGAAGCCCAGAAUGUAUUAAAUUAUGUCUGAGUGGGGAGGGAAGGGCUUGGUCUGUGGGAAGGGAAUGCUGGACAAUUCCACAGAGUCAUGCGCUGUGCUAAUAAUAAUGAAUAAAUGUGUAAUAUUAUUAUAUUUAUUAUUAUUAUUAAAUAAUUUUCUUGACAAGAGAAUCAUACCACAUCUAUGCUCAAGUAAGGAAAUGCAUUAUAAAAUUACACAUUUUUUAAAAAUAAGAAACAUCUAUGCUAUUGACGAGGGAAGGGCAAACUUGGUCCCUCCAGAUGUUUUGGACUUCAACUCCCAGCAUUCCUCACAGCCUCAGGCCCCUUCCUUUUGCCCCUCAGCCGCUUAAGCGGCUGAGGGGCAAAAGGAAAGGGCCUGAGGCUGUGAGGAAUGCUGGGAGUUGAAGUCCAAAACAUCUGGAGGGACCAAGUUUGCCCAUGCCAGCUAUAGAAUGAAUCCACUUUAACUGCCUUGGUUCAAUGCUAUGGAGUCAUGAAGCCUGCAGUUUCACAAGCCCUUGAGCCUUCUCUGCCAAAGAAUGCAGGUGCUUCACCAGACUACAAAUCCCAGGAUGCCAUAGCAUUGAGCCACGGAAAUUACAGAUCAUAUCCUUUAAAUAGGAUCUCCACCUACUCCUGAAGCAGCUUCCCCUUUUUCCUCUGGACUAAGAUUGCUGUAUAACGCGAAUCUAAUGCGCACCCUAAUUUUUGCAAGGUAAUUUAACCAAAAUAGGUGAACAUUAGAUCCGAGUAAAUAAGGCAAAACAAACCAAUAUCCAAAACUAGCUGUGCCCGGCCACAAAGGUAUGGGAAAUAAAGUAUCUUAUAUUAUCUGCUUAGAACUGGAUUAUAUGAGGUCCCUUCUACACAGCUGUAUAAAAUGCACACUGAAGUGGAUUAUAUGGCAGUGUGGAGUCAAGAUAAUCCAGUGCAAAGCAGAUAAUAUAAGAUGAUAAAUGGGUUAUAUAGCUGUGUGGAAGGGCCUUGAGUCUGCACUGCCAUAUAAUCCAGUUAAAUUCUGAUAAUCUGUAUUUUAUAGGCAGUGUGGAAGAGUCCUAACUUCGGCCUAACUCUGCCUGUCCCCUGGACUGUGUGGGUUGCUAGGAGACCAAGUGGGUGGAGCUUAGCCUUCUAACUGGCAGCAAUUGGCUAAAAACCAUUAUUCCUCUCCUUCUAAUUAGGACUUAAUUUUUCUUUUCUUUUUGUUGUAUGAGCGUAGAGGCAUGGAUGAGGGGUUGUGCUGCCAAGUUUAGUGUUUCUGGGAUGUGUAGUUUUGUUGUUUUGUCCUAGGCCGAAAUUUCAUUACCCUUUUAUAUAUAUAGAUGUACAUACAGUAGAGGUUCACUUAUCCCACAUUCGCUUCUCCAACAUUCUGGAUUAUCCAACGCAGUCUGCCUUUUAGCAGUCAAAUGUUUUUGUAGUCAAUGUUUUCAAUACAUUGCGAUGUUUUGUCCCCUUGGGGAGAUAGGGCAGAAUACAAAUAAAGUUUUAUUACUAUAUAUUAUUUUGGUACUAAAUUCAUAAAUACAGUAAUUACUAAGUAGUGUUAUUGCAUAUUGAACUACUUUUUCUGUCAAAUUUGUUGUAUAACAUGAUGUUUUGGUGCUUAAUUUGUAAAAUCAUAACCUAAUAUGAUAUUUAAUAGACCUUUUCUUAAUCCCUCCAUAUUAUUCAACAUAUUCGCUUAUCCAACAUUCUGCUGGCCCGUUUACGUUGGAUAAGUGAGUCUCUACUGUACUAAAAACUAUUAUUAUUGUUAUUAUUUGUAGCCCACUUUCCCCCUAAAAUUGGGACUCAAAAGUGGCUCACCAUUUACAAGCGGUGCAAUUAAAAGCACCCAAGCAGUGAACGUCAAAAUAAUAAUAAUAAUAAUUAUUAUUAUUAUUAUUAUUUUAUUUUUGUACCCCGCCACCAUCUCCCCAGAAGGACUUGGGGUGGCUUACAGAUAUAAAACCAGCAUACAGUAUACAGUUUUACAAAAACACAAAUAAAUUUAAAAGGCAUUAAAAAACACAAUCAUUAUAAAACACAUGAAAAACACAGCAAUAAAAACAAAAUGAGCUGGGCAAAGUGGAACUUGUUUACAAUUAUUAUACAAUUAUUCACCAUAUGAAAACAAAUCAAACUUCAAGUUAAAAAGGAAUAAAAUGUACUGUAUAUACUCAAGUAUAAGCCGACCCGAAUAUAAGCUGAGGCACCUAGUUUUACCACAAAAACUAGAAAAACUUAUUGACUCGAGUAUAAGACGAGGGUGGGAAAUGCAGCAGCUACGGGUCAAAUUCAAAAAUAAAAAUAGAUAUUAAUAACAUUGCAUUAUUUGAGGCAUCAGUAGGUUAAAUGUUUUUGAAAAUUUAUAUAAAACUGCAAUUUAAAAUAGUAAGUCUUUAAUAAGAUAAGACUGUCCAACUCUGAAUACCUAUAUACUCAAGUAUAAGUCGACCUGAACAUAAGCCAGCUAGGACCCUCACUCAAGUAUAAGCCGAGGGGAGCUUUUUCAGCCCUAAAAAUGGGCUAAAAAACUAGGCUUAUACUCGAGUAUAUACAGUAAUUUUUUUUUAAAAAAGAUUAAGCUCCCUGGGUCUGCUGUUUUCUCUGCUCCGGAGCACAGAGAAGAGGCUGUAGAUGGGUCAAAUCCGCUGUUAUUUUAUAUUUGCGUUGGCUUGAAUUGGUCAGGCAAUGGGGCAAGGCCUGGCCCUACCAUUGCUGCAUGUGACCUCCAGAACAUUUCCUUGGCCUGGCUCUGCUCCAUGACACCAGGUUCAGUGCAAAGCUUGGCCUGUGAGGCACCUUCUGCAUGCUCCCAUUGCAGCUGUCUUGCCAGAAGCAUCCUCCUCCAUCAUCAUCAUCAUCACCAUCAUCCCUCCCCUUCAUCAAAGGUGGGUCAGCUUUGGACUGAUCUGCACAGAGAGGCUAAAAGUGGAGCAAAGAUGAGGUAUUUUGCUUGCAAUGAAGCAGCAGCCUUGAGUGCCGUUUUUAAGGGGAAGGCGGUAUAAAUGAGAAGUGGGCUGAUGCAUACUUGUGCUAUAAACUGGAAGAAACAAGUCAGAAACGAUGGCCUCUUUUGGCCUAAUUAACUGAUGGAUAUGAGGCUCAAUGGCAUACACCUGUAAACUUUUCAAAUGUAUAUAGGAGACUGAUACUUUUAAAAAAUUGUAGGUUAUCUGAAAAAGUAGCAAAGUGAAUGCUGGCCUUUGCUAGCGUAGGCUACAGAGCUGUGCUCAUUUGGCUGUUUGUAUUAUGUUGAGGGCUGUAAUGAUGUGGUUUGAGUGUUGGCCUGGGAUGCUGGGGACCACAGUUGGAAUUACCACUAGGUCUGAAAGCCCACUGGGCGACCUUGGGAAAAUCCCACUCUCAGGCUCAAAGGAAGGCCAUGGCAAACCUCUUCUGAACUAGUAUUGCCAAGGAAAUUCAAAGGUAAGAUUCCCCUUAGUGCCCACAAUAGGCAGAAACAUCUGAAAGACGCCCAACAAUCCCAAAGAAUUCAGAAAGACUUAGUUCUGAAUAGGCAUGUGUAGGGUUGUACUUUGAGCAGAUGGAAACUUUCUUUACGUUCAGUAAAUUAGUUUAAAAAUGAAUUGCACUGUAUAACAAAAUAUAAAAAAUAUGUUCCUGGUUUGAAAGGGUUAUUUUUAUUUAAUUGAAAGUAGUUGUUCUACUCCAGAAACUUCAUUUUUGUGGCUGCCACAAACUAUGUUGAAUUGGUUGAGACUGAUAUUCACUGAAAAACAAUAGCAAAACGUGCUGCAGGAUGUCCCAAAAAAUGUUUUUCCGUGUUUUUAUGAUAGAACCAAUUAGUAAAUGACAUUUAUAACCCAGGAACAAAAAUCAUGUUACAUAGUGUUGUUAUGUUUAUUUAUACCCCCCUUUUUCUCUUCACAAGAAGCCCCACUGGCUUACAUUAAAAGCAUUUCAAUACAAUUUAAAAUCCACAAAUAUACAAACAUGAAAAGCCUGCCUGAAUAAAAUGAAAAAAUAAUGAAAGAUUAAUCUUCCUGGGCUCGCCAAAAGGAACAGAUCCCUUGCCCUAUUCUUCUUACAUGCUUUCACGUUGUUUCUGACUUAUGGCAACCCUCUCGAGUGCCCCACUGCCUUCCUCUGAAGCUAAGAGAAUGGUUCUUGCUCAGUCACCCAGUGGCUUUCUAUGGCCAGGCUCUGGUCUCCUGGAGCCUUUCAAUGCUUAAACCAGUAUGCCAUGUUGCCUCACCUACAACUGGGGUGUCAACAAGUAUAAGGAUGCAGCCCACAGGUGGACAGUAUGUCAUUGGACUUCCGAAAAUACUCGAGAAAAGAAUCCUAGAAUCCAGUUCUACCCAAAGAAGCCAGAAAGGGGAGAAUUCCAGUUUCUUGAAGCCUAAGGUCACAAUGGAAGCCAGCUUGGGGAGCUCUGUUGUGGCUCCUUUAGCAUUCAACUGACCAGGAGUCAAAGGUCAGGCAGCCCAGCUGGCCUAUGAGACCCACAUUCUCAAGACUGGCAACCCAAGGAGACUGAAGAGCCCCACAAGGACCCCCCAGUCGGUGUCUCCCUCUCCGGUUGGUGAGUCGCAACUAGGCAACAUGUGGAUUGUUGUGUUCAACUGUGAGAUGGGUUGUUGUACCAUAGGUCAACCAAGCUAACCCCAACGUGUGGAGUGGCCAAUUGCAAAGCUGUGAACCGGGAGCUGAGCUUGGGCUUGUGGCCACUUCUGCAGGGCUCCUCGGUGCUCUUCAAAGGGGAGCCUCACUACUGGUUAUUAGGAAUUGUGGGAGUUGAAGUCCAAAACACCUGGAGGGAGUGUGCCCAUGCCUGCUCUGCACAAAGCUGUUUCCAGCCCCCAGUAGCCAUUGCAGUUUUUUGACUUUGAAACUUAGUCCAGCAUUGUAAGAUCACAAUGGUUAACUUUAUCCCAUUUCAACCCUUAAACUUCUUCAAAUCCAGACGGGGUGAUGGUGGGCACAGAUUUAUUCAAUUAUCUUUUGGGAAUGAGAGAUAAGCUGGCUCUGGGCUUCUCAGUAUGUUGCCAUCAGCUUCUGGCCCAGUCCCUCUCGCCAGUCAUUCCAUUUAGCUACACAAAGCAUCUUGAAUCCUGGCUCUGCUUUGGGCACAACACAGAAGAAUCAAGAUUCAUUUUAACCAUUUUAAGUUUUAAUAAAGAAUAUAAACUAUACAAGUGUUUCAAUAUAUGGUAUUCCACCUUGACUGUCACGUUAAUCCUCCCCGCCUUUUUUGCAGGUACGGACCCCCGACAUGGGCGGCUAUUCCACCUCCCAUGACUUCACCCGCGCCGUGAUCACAGCCAUGACGGAGUAGGAGAAGAAAGGACACGGACCUUGGUGCUCUCUGCUUUUGCUUCCCUGUUCUUGUUUAUUUAUUGCCAUUCCGGCUGCUUGGCUGUCACAGCAUCGCACAAAUAAAAAGGCUUUGGCUGCUCUUC